AUGUGUUGGAGCAGUCAGGUCUGUGGCCCCCUGUGUACGGAGGCAGAGGCCCUCCCUCUCACCUGCAGCACCACCAAGUGUACUCCCGCUCCUCAUUCCUCCGUCAGCAGGAGCUCUACGCCCUGCAGCAUCAGCACCAGCAGCAGCAGAGAGCCAUGGAGCACAUGCAGCGACACUCAAUAGCACAGAGAAAACAAGAGGAGCAUGCUAUCACAAUAGAGGAAUCUCCCCAUGAAUCGUCUGCAUCCAGAACUCCUUCCUCUUCGUCCACUGCCUCCUCUCAUGUGGCCAAACCCUUCUCCCACACCCCCCCUCCACCCAAGACGCCCACCCCCUCCCCGGGGAUGUGUCCCAGCAGCCGCCAGUCUCCGUGCUACCACUCCCCGUCCCGGCGCUCUCACCCUCCGAACCCCCUGACCCCCGCACCGAGCCCUGCAGCGGCGGCGCCUCGCUCCCCCGCCCUAAGCCCCGCCCCCUCACACCUCUCUAAGGGGCUGGAGAGGGGCAGUGACCGAGGAGAGGGACAGCCACCGCAGGACUACCCACAAUCCCUAGAGCCAGACCUACCACCUGUUUACACCUACCCUCCGAUCACCAUGGGUUACAAGGCCGGACCCUCGCCUCCGGAAGCUCGAUUGGCCCAACAAGCCACAGUGGAGGCGGAGCCGGCAGAGCCCCACUCCAAGCCCCGCCCACAUCCGUUCCACAUCACCGUAGAAGAGGAGAGGGGGGAAGAAGAAGAAGAAGAUAGAGACUGUGAAGUUGUGGAAUCCCGGAGUACAGUUGUGAUCGAGGAGAAGGAAGUGAAAGGAUUCUCUGAGCCCAAGAGCGAGAUUUCUGGAUUGCCGCCAUGCCCUUCCCCAGCUCUGAUCCAAGACUCAGCUUGCCCCGCCACAGGCAAAACCCUAAAAGUAGAGCUCUCUCUGGGCUGCCCGGGCCAGAAGGCCGGCCUGGAGGAGCCCCAAAUAUCCAAAGAGCAGGAGGAUGAUAAUAAACAUGGAAUAGAGGACAUGGAGGGAGAAAAACUGGGGCCUGAACCAACAGAAUGUACUGUGUUUGUAGAGGAGAAGGUGGAGGACAAAGAAGGAGAGAAUGUAGAGGUGGUGGAGGAUGAGGAGGAGGAGAAGGAGAUUCCAGGCGAAAACUCAGUGGAAGUAAGGUGUGUUUCUCCUGGUCCUCCCCCCUCCUCUGACACCCUCCUCCCCCCCACCCCGGGCACAGCAGCCCAGACACAAGGCGCCUACAUGUGGAGCCUGGAGCUCCUGAUCGCUGCAACUCUGUGCGCCUCAAGAGAUGCCUUGUACCCUCCUGCUCCUGCUGUCAGGACCCCCAGCCCCCCCCCGCACCACGGCAUGGAGAUACUGGGAGAACUGGCUGAGCUGGAGAUCCAACAGAGGAGCAGAGAGAAAGACGCUGAGGGUGAGUUCAUCUGA